CACCUUUCCUAAGGCUCCGCCCGGGCCGGAGCUUGGGAUGGCUGGGCCCUGGGGCCGGGCGCCCGGGCCCCCCGAGGCUGCAGACCGCUCAGAGGUGGCCUCAGAGCCCAAAGUAGAUCCUCCUGCUGGGACCUGGCUGUCCGGCCAGCCUGCCCGCAGCCCCGGGGCUCCCUGCAGGGCCUCCCCCUCCCCAUGACAACAUCAACACCCCCAGAGCUGUGGCCGUCCCCAGCUAGCCCCGCCCCUGGAGCGGACGGCUGGACACUGGACCCGGAAGAGGAGGGGGGGGGACUGUGCAUGGGAACAGCAGGUGGCCCCAUCCACAGGGACAGAGGCAGGGGCGUCCUGCAGAAGUUGAGGGGCCGAAGAGUCACUGCUGAGCUCCUUGAGGAGGAGGUGGAUCCCAAGACCCAGGGCCCGGCAUCUCACCCAGCUGAGCCCCCAGCCCAGGCUGCCCCCCAGCUGGAGCCACAGCCCGAGUCACAGCCAGCCAGCGCUGCUGGAGAACCCAGUCCAGAGGUGAGCUGCUGUGGCCUGUGGCCCAGGCGGUCCCCUCGUGCUCAGAACUGAGGCCUGUGGCCAGCCCCAGCCCCACAG